AUGGUCCAACUUACGGCUACGUUUGUACCGGAAGAUGUGGCUAUAAUAUCUGCUUUACCACUGCAACAACCAGAUAAACCGGACUUGUUGCGAUGGCAUUUUACUAAGUCUGGUAAAUACUCGGUUAAAUCAGGGUAUCACACUCUUCGCUCUCACUCGAUCGCUUCAGCCGGUCCGAAGAUUUUUGGACCGACUUCGGUACCCCUUCAAGCCUUUGUGUGGAAAAUUCGGUGUCCUCCAAAACUUCGGCACUUCAUGUGGCAAGUGCUUUUGGGUUGUGUGGCGGUUACUGCUAAUCUACGAAAACGUGGUUUGAGUUGUGAUGCUACCUAUGGGCCCUGUGGUAUUGGGGAGGAGACGAUUAAUCAUACCCUCUUUGAAUGUCCCCCAGCUUGUCAGGUUUGGGCCUUGUCGCAGUUUCCGACGGCGCAGGGUGUUUUCCCUUCAGAAUCAAUUUUCACAAAUAUGGAUUUUCUUUUCUGGAGAUUCCCAAAUGUUCAAAAUCAGGAAUAUAUUCCAUGGAUUUUGUGGUAUGUCUGGAAAGCCCGAAAUGAUAAGCUUUUUAGUAAUCUGGACUCCAAUCCCCUAGCCAUCUUGCGGUUAGCGGAGGAUGAAGCAAAAGCAUGGGCUCUGGCUCAGACGGAUGAUGUGGUCUUAACACCGGCUAUUGCCGGUACGGCGGUCCCCUGUGGGAGGAUGAGUUUUGGGGUUUCUCAGCCUUUCUCAAGUUAUGUUUGUUAUGUUGAUGGUUCGUGGAAAACAACAGAUUUUUUUGCGGGAAGAGGAUGGUUUUGCAUGUCGCCUUGGGACGAUGCCCCCACCAUGGGUGUUGCCAACUUUCGCCGCAGUCUCUCUCCUCUUCAUGCCGAGGUUGAAGCCCUUAUCUGGGCUAUGCGAUGCAUGAUUGGAGCGGAUAAUCAAUCUGUCGUUUUCCUCACCGACUGCUCUGACUUAGUGAAGAUGGUGUCUUCGCCUUCUGAGUGGCCAGCUUUUACACCAUAUUUGGAGGACAUCCAGGCGGAUAGAGAGGAUUUUGUCUCCUUCUCCCUAGUCUAUGUCUCUCGCUCUCAGAAUGAUAAAUGA